UGUUCCGUUCGCUUUUUUGGAGAGAACAAAAAAAGUGCGUGUGCGUGUGUUGGAAGUUGACUCUGGUGUUGUCUGUUCCCCUCUUCUUUCUCUCUCUCUUUGUUUCCUCCUGGCCCUACCUCAACAAGUACUGCUACUACUACUGCUAUUAUUACUACAAUUGCAACACAGCAAAAGCAGCAAUAACAACAACCAACCAGUUAGCUGUCAUGUCUACUGCGGCCGCCGUUCCCAACCCGGUGGCAAACAUUGCUACGCCUUCGCCCACCCCGAUCGUCCAACCGUCGCCUCAAAUGCAGACAUCCAACCACAAUACAGCCCACCCCCAUCACCAGCGACGAGAAGUGGCAUGUGUUUUUGUUGUUGAGGGCACUGCGAGAAUGCAUCCUCAUUUAGAUACCAUCAUCCAAACUUAUGUUGAUCCGAUCCUAAGACAACUGCGAUCGCCUAUCAUUACGGAAGAAAACGAACGACAUCAACAGACAAAGAUUACGCCGAUGUUGAAGUACGGAUUGGUUGUCUUUGGUGACUAUGAACCUGCUUCCAUGGUAACGGUUGAUCGCAAGUACUUUACAGCCGAUUUUGGACUGUUUCAGAAUGUGUUCAAAAGUAUCGCGUGCACGGACGGUGGUAUCGUUAGGAACGCGGCUGGGGAGGGCCUUGUAGCGGCGUUAGAGUUAUUCGACGAGUACAAGCAGGAAAUUCAAGGGAGCGCAGCUGCCGAUCCGAUGCUACAUUGCAUAUUAAUUUCAAACAGCUUGCCCCAUGAGAUCGGCGCACGCCAUAAUCUAAUGGACAAGUAUGAUAACUUUACACUGGAUGCAAUUGUGCAGGAGAUGCGAAAGAAUGAUAUUCGAUUAUCGUUAAUAGCACCGAACAAGGGAUUGAAGGAGUUUGAGCGCAUGGUGACUGAAGUCAAUGACAGCAAAGCAGAGCUGCAUACAGUAACAGAACCAAUUUCGCCUGAUUACAUUGUCCAACUUGCUGGAUUCAAGUUGCCUGUGCCAGCACCAGCGCCCGUUAUGGAUGAUAAGAAACAAGUAGCUUCAAAGCGAGCAGCAGAUUCAAGUGCUGCUGCUGCAACGUCGCCACAAUCGGUAUCGUCUACGGAUUCAAACAAAAAACGGAAACGAGACAAUGUUCCUGGGCAAAUCAAUCUUCCGAAGGCUACAGUGGAUCCUGCUAAAUUUGCCCAAGUGCACCAAAAGCAUUUGAACGCUGUUAAUGCAGCACCUACAACACAGCAGCAACAGCCACAAAUUAAACGGGAGCCGAAUGCGCCACCAAAGCAGCAGCAGCCUAAUAUCUCGAUGGAGCAACAGCACAUGUCUGCUACGAUGGCACAGCAAAAUAUGAUGGCAAGACCGCCGCAGAAAGCAGAGAGCGUAUCUUCGUCUCCAUCUGUCAAGGCCACGCCACCACAGCAGCCUCUGCAACAGCCAACACCACAACCACCACAACAGCCGACCCCUCUUCCUCCUCAACCUACCAUGCCCCCUCAACAGCAAACUCCACAGCCUCAAAAACAAAUGGCACCUCAACAACGACCGCCACCACUGCCGCAACAGCAGCAGUUACUACAGCAGUUCCAAAAUACACCACCGCAGCAACAGCUCACUCCCCAACAGCAGCCACAGCAGCCACAAGCAGGUAUGCCCCAGCAACUGCAACAACCACAGCAGGUGCAACAACCACAGCAGGUGCAACAACCACAAGGACAGGCGAGGCCUCCGCUCAAUCUUCCCAUCCAAAUCCAACAACUGCUCCAGCGACGGAAAAUGCUGCUGUCUUUGCCACAACGAACAAAUCAACAGCAGCAACAGCUACAAGCCCUAGAUAGUGCUAUCCAGCGAUUGUUCAGUUCAGCAAACAUGAACGGCAGUGGUGCACCCAUGAGUGGUGCCCAAACUAUCGCUACUUCAUCGCCUAUGGCAUUCAGUGCACCUGGUGGCAUACCAACGAGUAUGCAGGGUAGACCACCGGAUGCAAGUCAAGCAAUGACCAUGGCGCAACAGUUGCAAGGAGCUUUAGCACAACAACAACGUAAUAUGAACAUGACAAACGCUGCCACUUCUGCUGGGCAAAUCCCACCCAACGUUUUGCAGCAACAACAACAGCAGCAGCGAAUGAUGUUGGCCCAAAUGGGUCUUCAGCAGCAGCAACAACAACAACAACAGCAGCAGCAGCAGCAACAGACACAGUCUCAAGGGCAGCAACCAUCACCACAACAAGCAGGUAUGCAACCAACGGCUACUCCUCAGCAGAUGAUGCAGCAAGGUCAACCGCGGUUGCAGGUACAGCAACAGCCUUCCGUACCAUUUUGGAAAGGGCAAAUUGUUUGGCAUAUCAAACCUCAAGACGGCCCAUAUCAAGAGUUUAGCUGCCAUGUGGGAGCAUUUGCUAUUACUCCGCGUGGAAAAAAUGUCGGCUUGGAAGAUUACUGCGCUGAAAUAUGGCCACAACGAAUCGUCAUUUCCGGACGGUCUCCCUUGCAAACUUCACAGCCUAUUUUGGUACAACAAACACAAGAACACAAUAUACCCUUUUGCCAGUUCAGAGCCAUAGAAACUAGCAGCCCAUCAGAUAUAAAUAGUCUUAAUCUGCUGUCAAAAAAUCUCGAACAAAAGAAAUAUGUUGCGAAAGUACCAUUCAACUCUAACAUGAAUGAGCCACAACGAGGCGUCGUGUUAAUGAUUUCUAAUGGCAAACUGAUCGGCUUUGUGUUUGGUCGCUCAAACAUUCCAGAUUUUCCACAAGCACUUAAUGUAUUACAACAACAACAGCCACAACAACAGCAGCAGCCACAGCAGCAACAACAGCCACAACCACAACAGCCGCAACAGGGCAAACCAAUUGGCAUGAUGGGUACCACAGGUGCUCAAGCUGGGAGCAUUCCAGCAUCCUUACUCGCCAUGGCAAACAAUCCGAACUUUGUAAAUAAUCCACAAAACCUUCAACUACUACAAGCGUUAAGACAGCAGCAGCAACUCCAACAACAAAAACAGCAGCAACAAAGUCAAGGCCAACCAAUGAUGAAUGCAAACGCUAUGGGAAGUCCUCUCAAUAAUAUGAACGGCGCUCGUCCAGGUCUUAAUCAACACAGCUUAUUGUUAUCCAAUAUCAACAUUGGAAGUUCCGCUGGUGUUCCUGGUGCAAUGGGUGGUGUACCAGCUAAUAAUGGGAUGAUGGGAAUGCCUAUGACUGCUGCUGGAGGUAUGGCUAAUCUAACACCGCAACAGAUACAUGAGCUCCAUCAACGAUUAUUGCUCAACCGUCGCCAACAACAGCAACAGCAACAUACUGAUCAACAACAACAUCCAAUGUGACAUUAAUAUAACUUUUUUACAUAUAAUUGUU